CUACGGACCACACAAAUUGAAGAGGAACAAUCCAGAAAAUGGAGGCCAAACUGAUCCUCUCCCCCUUCCCCUCCAAGCUUCACUUCCCCUCUCCCUGUCCAAGAAUUCCCAGACAACCCUCCAUCCUCUGUUCAACACUCUCCCCCAACAACAAUUCUCAAGAUAGCAGCAGCAGCAGCAGCAGCAAUGGCAAAACAAAGGAAACCCAAUCUCCCACCACUCUCAACAUCAGAUACAGAGCUCGGUCGAAAAGACAACAAGCCAAGCAAGAGAAGCAGAAGCAGGAAGAAAAAAACUUGCAGAAAGAACCAAAACCCGCGAAGAAAUGGGAGGAAAUGAGACUUUCAGAGAAGGCAUUGGAGCUUUACCUGGGAGAGAAAGGAGUGCUGUUUUGGCUCAAUAAGUUGGCCUACGCCUCCAUCUUCGUUGUCAUCGGCGCGUGGAUUCUCUUCCGCUUUGUUGGCCCAUCUCUCGGCCUCUAUCAGCUGGACUCUUCCCCUCUCUCUCCGUCCUCCAUCUUCAAAGACGGUUAGAUAUUUGAAAGAAAAAAAAAAAUUAAAUCUAAUGAUUUUGAUUAUUCCUCUUAAAAUGUAAUAGUGGAAAUAAACUUCGACUAGUUUAAUGGAUUUUCCGUGCGGAGUUUAUAAUCAU